AUGGCCUCUCAGCCGACACUGCAACUCGAUCUCUGCGCCAUCCCCGGGGGGGUUCCACCCAAUGGCCAAGCCUCAAAUCUGGACAACCCCGAAAGCCUGGGCCCGACUCUGAUUGCUUUGUCGAUCCUGAUGAUCGUAUGGUCUUUGCUCUUCACUGUGGCGCGCUUAUACGUCAACAAGAGCAAGUUGCGGUGGGCUGAUUACUUCACUGUGGUUGCUUUUGUUCUCGGUCUGGUCUACACAGGCCUUGUGCUCUCAGUUUCCAAAUACGCCCGACACCUGUGGGAUAUUCCGGCAUGUUGGUAUACAGGAGUGUACAUGCAAAUUCUCUUUGCGCAAGCCACGAUCCUAGGUCCCGUCAUCUUCUUCUCGAAAUCGGCCAUUUUCCUGCUCUAUCUGCAACUGUUCCCUACCGGCAUCCCCCAGGGACUGCGUGUCGCCAUCUACGCUGGCUUAUUUCUCACAUUCUGCACAUGCUGGGCUGGAAUACCACUCUCGGCCUACUUUUCUGCUCCUCACGCUGGCCAACCUUGGACAGCCCUGAUAACCAAUGGCCAACCUGCCCGCGCAAUUCCUUGGACCAUAGUACAGGGGGUCAUGUCGCUCUUCCUCGACAUAUACCUCUUUAUCCUUCCCCUUCCUACCCUGUUCAAACUCCGGCUAUCAACCCAGAGGCAAAUGGGCUUGUUACUGGCGUUUGCUACGGCUUUCAUGGGUAUUGUAACCAGCAUAGUGGGUCUUUCGUUUCGCACCCAGCUCCAGACGACGAACGACGUCAGUUGGAAGCAGGGCCAGCUCUUCAUCUGCAUCAUUGUCGAGAACAGCUUGGCUAUCAUCGUCGGCUCCAUGCCUGCCCUUGGAAACUUCAUAGCGGUUCAUGCACCCGAGUCCGCUCUUGUCAAAGCGUUGGGCUUAAAGGGGAGAAGUGGCAGCAGUUCGAAAAGCGACUCGUAUGGCCCGCACCCCGAGCGAAAGUGGAAGAAGUGGCCGUUGGGUUCAUCCCCAGGAUCAGUGGCAUGGCCGAGGCACAACAACAACUCGACGCAAUGGUCGGAUCCGAAGUGGGAUACUCCCAGUCCGCCCCAGUACAGCCUCAACGACAUCACCCAUCUGCGGUUAGAGACAGGGGGCCAAAAUCCGAACAUCAAGCCAGGAGACUCUCGCCUUGUCCGGGCUGUGGAAGUUGGUCAGGAGUUGUACCCUCGAUCAAUCGUGUAA